AUGUCUGCGAUUGUUUGCGGCGGCAAGAGAUCUCUUUUCGAGGAUUUGUCCGCCGCUUCUUCUUCGCCUCCUGUCUCCAAGAAACUCCGUUUCUCUCCUCCUCCUCCCUCCUCGAUUCUUCUCCAUCACCUCGCCGCCCUUUUCCCCGACAUGGAUAAUCAUAUUCUUGAGAAGGCAAUAGAGGAAUGUGGAGAUGAUCUUGAUUCCGCGAUUAGAUCUUUGAACCAGCUUCGUUUAGAAUCUGCCAAUAACGACUCAGAAGAAGCAAAACUUGAAGGAGGAGGAUCGUCAGUCUUGAACUUGGAUGGUAACGAGUGGGUUGAGUUGUUUGUUCGAGAGAUGAUGAAUGCUUCAGACAUGAAAGACGCUAAAGACCGUGCUUCUAGAGCACUUGAAGCGUUGGAGAAGUCCAUCAACGCACGUGCUGGUUCUGACGCCUCAAUGCGAAGCAGUCUACAACAGGAGAAUUUGAUGCUGAGGCAGCAGUUAGAAGCUAUUGUCCAGGAGAACAGUUUGCUUAAACGAGCCGUGGUGACGCAACAGAAGCGGCAGAAGGAAACUGAAGAUCAAAGCCAGGAGUUGCAGCGUUUGAGGCAGAUGGUUACUCAAUACCAGGAACAGCUUAGGACUCUGGAGGUGAAUAAUUAUGCCCUCACGCUUCAUCUGAAACAAGCACAGCAGAACAAUAGUUCCAUCCCUGGAAGGUACCAUCCAGACGUCUUCUAAUGUGCUUUCUCAGUUAAAGAGGAAUGCUCAGACGUAUAUCUAAUUUGGUUUCCAGUGUUUGUUGUUCUGCUUUUCCGUUGGUUUGUGACUAUGUUUUCUGGAAUGAUUUAUGUAUGGCUAUACUUGUGGAACAACAGUUUGCUUAGACAAGACUUUGAGACAUAACUGUGUUUGUAAAGCUACAAGUGUAUUCCAUAAAUAAAAUAAAAUAAAAGUUGUACAUAUAUAUACAUCUUAAUCGAAGGUCUUAGUAGAGCUUCUUGGAAUUUGUAAGACGAAGAUGAUCUAAUGUUGUACCUGUCAACAGAAAGGAUAUAUACUGUAA